AACACGGCGACAACCCUAGAAAGCAUUCCUCAGUGUUUUGUUGUUUUUUUUUUGUGCAAGCGUCGCAUUAACAACUCUCAAGUUCUAAACCCAAAUCGGAAAUAUAUAUCUCUGAUAUCCGAAUUACAAGUGUGCAGUCCGCCAAAAGCCCUGACAAGGGUUUCCCAAGGCCGAACUACUAUUAAAAGAACUCCAAACAGCUGAGAUUGUAAGGAAAACAAAGGAGCGCACCAAUACGCACACUCUCACACGCACAAGCGAGUGAGUGAGACGGGCAAGACUAGAAGAGAGAGAAAGAGCGAGAGGGAGCACAAUGGGACGCAUAUUUCUGGAACACCUCGGUGGGCUAAAACUGUUUAACUGCGCCCAGUGCCACACGAACCUGACCAACCGUAGCCAACUGAUCAGCACUAGAUUCACGGGCGCAACAGGACGAGCCUAUCUGUUCAAGCGCGUAGUUAACCUGACCUUCAGCAACAUCCAGGAACGAGUCAUGCUCACCGGACGCCACAUGGUGCGCGAUGUCAUGUGCAAGAACUGCGGCGCCAAAUUGGGAUGGAUGUACGAAUUCGCCACCGAGGAGUCACAAAAGUACAAGGAGGGACGCGUGAUUCUGGAGUACGCCCUGAUAACCGAAGCAGAAGGCUUUCCAUCUGAGGCCCCCACAACGAGUCAUUGAACAAACGACCGAGCCGGGAAUACGACAGCCACGCAUUUGCGGAACGUGUGUAGCCCUAAGUAUUGAGUGGAAAGCCAGAGGCGAUGGCUUCUACGCAUUGCAUUAGACCUAGUUUAGAGAUCGCCGUAGUCAGCUCCGCGUUCCGGCGAAACGGUUACAGCAUCCGGACUCGGGGAACUCGCCUACGGCCCUGUCUUAACGUGACUUAAACGUAGUUGUAGGCACAUCUAGCAUGUAAGCAGCUACCAAUAACUGUCAUGAGGCUGAAGUGCUAAAAGAAAACAAUGAAGAGAUAGGUAUAGGUCCUGUUACCAGUUCGAUUCGAAACUGAUCCACAUUUGUGUCUUUUCAAACAAGAUCUCUAGACCGUAAUCAAUCACCAAUCAAUCAGCAAUAAAGUACCACGAUAAUCGAAUAGUAUACAUACAAA